UGAGCUACACCUGACAACAGACGCGGCGGUUUCAAAUCUUACAGAUUUAAUUAUCAUGUCCAAAAGAAAACAGGAUAACAAUUUCGAAAGAAACACUUUAGCCGAAGAGGGGCCCCGCUACUUUUUGAACCCUGAGUCUGUAAGCCACCACCUGUAUUGCUCAAUAUGCCAGGAGGUGUUCUCAGAACCACAGAGGGCCCCAUGUGGUCACAGUUUCUGUAAAAAGUGUAUUCUACCCUGGCUGAAACAUGGACGGACCUGCCCCGAAGACAGGAAACCCCUCCAAGCCCACCAGCUCCACAAUGACUUUAUCCUGGAGAACAUCAUUGGGGACCAGAUGGUGGCCUGUCCCCACAGAGGUGCUGGCUGUGAGUUUGUGGGGCAGCUCCAGCAGCUAGCUUCACACAAGAAGCACUGUGACUUCAACCCGUGCAACCUCCCCGAGUUUGUGCUGAAGAACACAUCCGACAGUCUGACUACCCCUCCCUGCGGCCAGCUGGAUGAAGAUGUUGUGCCAUCCCCGGGAAAGCCGUCCCUAAUGUUGAGGUUGUUCCGAUCCGGGGAGUCUCAGAAGCAGCUGCUGAAGUCCAUGUUUGAUGGCAAGGAAAACAAGCCUUCCUGACAGACCAUUUCCUGAACGACCCUUCCAUAUGUCAUUAUCUAAAUGGAUUUUCUCACACUCAUAAGAACAUGAGAUCAAUCAUUAUGACUUUGGGUUUUGUAAGUUAGAAAAAUUAGUUUGACAGCCUGGAGAAAUGAAAAUCAGGGACUCGAUCAAGAAAAAAGUAGAGCCACUUGUUGGGGUGUUGUGUGCAUCAUGUAAAACCUGCUGACCUCUUCCAAUCCGGGGUUCCAUGAUACACCUGGAAUAUCACUCAAAGUUGUAUGAAAUCAAUCUCUUUCAUUCCUGUGCUUACCUUAAAACACCCUGCCUCAUUUUCAAACCCACCCGCUUAUAUUCAUUUACAUCAGAAAAGAGAACAAAGGACUUUUAUGAGUUAUGAACAAUGAAUUGGCAGAAUCUGUCACAGUAUCUGCAAAUCCCCUAUAAUAAGCUUCCACUCAAAGUUGCUCGAGAGAAUCCCAUGGUUUGUUCUUUUUGUAUAUACUUGAAAGAUCAGUUUUGUAGAUCAUGGACAGACAAGAUAAGAAUAUCCGACUUGAAAGUACGGUAGUACAUUCAUCCAGUUUGGUGCAGAUUUUGGUUGUUACUGUGUAAAGUACUUGUAGAGACCUGAACAGUGAUAUCACCAGGCAUGAUAUCCAAUAUUACAUUUUACUACAUAAAGUACACAUGCAUCACAUCGUACAUUGAUUUGCUCAUUGUAGUCCAGUCUCCUCCAGUAUUUUGUUUUUUUUACAAAAUUAUCUCUGAUAUCUGGGUAUAAAUCUGCCCUACCUGCAACAGUUUACUGUCCGGGGAGAAUUUUCCCUAAAUCUGGAGAUUUUAUUACACGGGUCAUUUUUGUAAUACAUGUAUGCACAAAUUAUACUACCAUACAACAAUUGUAAAUAGCAUGUCAGUGACAUACAAGAGUGCUAAGUUAUUGUAUUUGAAUGUAUUCAGAUGUUUUUCACUGGUGCAUGUAUUCUGUAAUAAAUCAAAGAUGUGUCA